CGCCUCGACGCUACUCGUCGUGUGGGCGGGGUCUAAACCGGAACUGUUUUUCAGAGGAAAGAAGAGUUGAAUAGAGAUCUUCUUCACUGCCUUUACCGCUCUAGGUGUGUGAAGGAUGUCUCGUGCACGUCAGCCUCCUUUAGUGACUGGCAUCUCACCAAACGAAGGAGCUCCUUGGACCAAAGUCACUAUUCGUGGAGAGAACCUGGGCACUGGACACAAUGAUCUCAUAGGUCUGUCUAUCUGUGGUCAUAACUGUUUGUUGACAGCAGAAUGGAUGUCUGCUAGUAAGAUAGUGUGUCGAGUGGGUCCUGCUAAAGAUGACAAGGGCGAGAUCAUUGUCACCACCAAGAGCGGAGGCCGAGGGACAUCCACUGUCUCCUUCAAACUGCUUAAACCCGAAAGGAUCGGCAUUUUGGAUCAGUCUGCGGUCUGGGUUGAUGAGUUGAAUUACUAUGAUAUGAGGACCGAUCGCAAUAAAGGAAUCUCUCCUCUCUCACUGAGGCCAGCCAACCCUUUGGGCAUCGACAUAGACAAAGGGAAGGUUCCUCUGAAGGAUCUGGAGAACAUGUUUCCUGGGAUGAGUGGAGAUUUCACCAGCGAGAAUUUCUCUGCCACCUGGUAUCUCAUCGAGAACCAUUCUUCAACCAGCUUUGAGCACCUGCGUGUGGCUGUGGGAAAUCUUAAGAAACAGGCCAGUAAGAAGAACGAGGGCAGUCUGGCCUAUGUGAAAGGAGGUCUCAGCACUUUCUUUGAGGCCCAGGAUGCUCUUGCAGCUAUCCACCAGAAGCUUGAAUCGGACGGCACUGAGAAGGUGGAGGGCUCUAUGACCCAGCGACUAGAGAAUGUCCUUAACAGAGCAAGCGAAACUGCUGACACCCUGUUUCAAGAAGUGUUGGGCAGGAAGGACAAAGCCGACUCCACACGCAACGCUCUCAAUGUCCUCCAGAGAUUCAAAUUUCUAUUUAACCUGCCACUCAACAUUGAACGCAACAUCCAGAAGGGCGAUUAUGACGUUGUUAUCAAUGAUUAUGAGAAAGCCAAAUCUUUGUUUGGAAACACAGAGGUCCCAGUCUUUAAGAAAGUAUAUUCGGAGGUGGAGACGCGGAUUGAAGCCCUGAGGAAACUUCUUUUGGAUAAACUUCUGGAGACGCCAUCCACUCUACAUGAUCAGAAACGCUAUAUCAGAUAUCUGUCGGAUUUACAUGCUCCAGGUGACCCUGCGUGGCAAUGUAUAGUUGCUCAACACAAGUGGAUCCUGCAGCUGAUGCAAAACUGCAAAGAAGAUUUUAUCAAAGAGCAGAAAGUGGGUGGUGUCGGUUUAGAGAUGGAUCGCUCUUCAGCUCUGAACAGGAUCAGCCUCUCAGCUCCAGUGAAGAGAGGAGGCAGCUUCCAGACGCCUAAAGAUGACUCGUGGCACUAUAAGAGCCCUCAGCAGGUGAGGUUCGUGGAGAAGCUUUCAGACGUGGUUAUCAGCCAGCUGCCCAACUUCUGGAAACUCUGGAUCUCUUACGUCAAUGGCAGUCUUUUCAGUGAGACGGGAGAGAAGUCUGGUCAGGUGGAAAAGUUAAAGAAGAAUGCCCGGCAAAGACAGAAUGACUUUAAGAGCAUGAUUGAGGAGGUGACCCGUCGUUUGGUGCAGCUGGUUCGAGGGGCUCUGUUACCCUCCUCUCUUACGGAGCUGCAGCUGAGACAGUAUGGAGGCUGGGACACCAAAAGCCCUCUCAGUGGAGCCUGGCUCACUCAGGUCAUCCACACCGUCAGGUUAAGUCAUGAAGCUCUGUCAGCUUUAGAGAUUCCUAACGACCUGCUGCAGGUGAUUCAGGAUUUGCUGCAGGACCUGCGUGUGCACUGCCUGCUGACCACACUACAGCACACUGAAGAGGAUGUAAAGAGACUUGCAGAAAAAGAAGACUGGGUUGUGGACAACGAAGGAAUCACAUCACUCCCAGCCCAGUUUGAGCAGUGUAUGGUUCAGAUGCUGCAGUCUCUAAAGGAACCGAUGGAGUGUAAAUCCGGAGAGAUCAAUAUCUUUCAUUUGGAUGUGGUUCAGGACAAAGCUUGUGAGCAGUGUGUUUCUAUCAUGAAGGUCUUUAUUAAGUGCCUCGAACAGCUCAGCACCAAGACUGAUGGAGACAUCGACAACUCCCAUUUGUCUGUGGACUUGGCCUCACCUGAUCUUUUUGGAAGCAUCCAGGAAGAUUUCAGUUCAAAACCAGAGCAACGUCUCCUCAUCAUCCUGAGUAACUGUCAGUAUCUGGAGAGACACACGUUUCUCAAUCUAGCUGAGCACCUGGAGAAAAACGGCUUCACCACUGCAGAAAAGAUCAUCAGGGUCAGCAUAGAGGCGUUGAGACAGCUGGAUGAAUAUCUGUUUGAGACGUACGUCGAGAAAAAAUCUGAUCCUAUCGUCGGCUCUUUGGAGCCUGGCAUCUAUGCAGGAUACUUUGACUGGAAAGACUGUCUGCCACCUACAGGUGUGAGGAGUUACUUGAAGGAGGCCUUGGUCAGCAUUAUCUCUGUUCAUGCUGAGGUUUUUACAGUUUCCAAGGAGCUGGUUCCUCGUGUUUUAUCAAAGAUCAUUGAGGCUGUAGCUGAAGAAAUGAGCCGUCUGAUGCAGUGUGUGUCCUCCUUUAGUAAAAAUGGUGCACUACAGGCACGUUUGGAAAUCUGUGCCCUGCGAGAUGCCAUAGAGCCAUACCUCACAUCAGAGAGUCGCUCUAGUUUUAAGCAGGCAUUGGAAGCUCUACCACAGCUACAGAGUGGAGCCGACAAGAAACUCUUGGAGGAGUUACUGAAUAAGUUUAAGAGUAGCAUGAAGCUACAGCUUAACUGCUUCAAGCCUGCUUCUUUUCAGCCUGUGAAACGCUAAUCCUUCACAAAACCCCCACAUUUCAACAGCGCCUCUUCGUUGUAACACUAAGACACCAUUUCAGUUUUGAAAACCCUUAAUAAACCAAUAUAGCCUUUUCUA